CACGUUAUUCAAUUUUAUCAUAAUCACCCUGGUGGCCACUGUGAUCAUUAACGACGCUUCUUCAAAGUCCUGUCCUCUUUGGAUGAAGCUUAACAAGAGUCCAGUCUGCUUCGGGGCCCUAGACAAUCAGUAUGGCAAGUUUACCUACUCUUGGAACAUUUUCGUGAGCUCGUUCAUGGUCGUGCACCGAACAGGAUCGGUUACAUGUAACAAAAAGGGUUACAGCUACUGGGGUUGUGGAGCAAAUGCCUCAGGUCUUGGUGUUGUUAUAACAGAUCAUGCAAACAAAUUAUUGGCCCCUAUCUCUACCGAUAGUGGUGGAUGGUACAGUCUGGUAGGUUUCACCACUUCGUCUUCUGUCCUCGUGUUUUGUGCCUCCAAGAAGCCCCACUGUAUCUUCGCUAACACCGAGCUCCGCCUGUGGUACGGAGAAGAUUUACGUGGCUUUACAGAGGGCGAUAACGGCGGCAAAACUUGCGCAGAUGUAUAUGGUCUGUUGGCUUAAACUGUUCCCAGAAAUAAACCUCGAACAUUAAAUGAAUAGGUUAGUAGUUGUUAAAAAUGUUAUUUGUAUUAAGUAACUGGAAGUAAGGAAAUAAAAUUAUCCGAGGUGAGGAGA